AGUUAAAGGAGAGGGAAAAAUCCAAAGCGCUCACGGUUGGGGGCUCUCUCUCUCGCGAGGCGGAGAGAGGCGGCGGCGCCCGAUCCACACACGGCACAUCUCGAGCCGCGCGGUGCGCAUCCAUCCACUCUCUUCCAUCCCCUCCCCCUCGUGCCGUCUCCACCGCAGUUUCCAUCACUCCGGCCGCCCUAAUAAUAGCCGCUGUAGGCUGCGGGCAAGCACCUGCAGCCAUGGGAGCGCUCGAGGAGGCGCACCUGGCCGCCGCCGCCAUCGUCGCGUGCGGGUGCGAAGACGACGACGAGGAGGAGGAUCUGGCGCAGCUUGAUGAGGCGCUGCCGGGGGACGCCAUGGAGCCGGCAGUGCGCGCGCUGCUGGUGGGGCUCGGCGAGGACGAGCGCCGGGAGGGGCUGCGCAGGACGCCCAAGCGCGUCGCCAAGGCCUUCCGCGACGGCACCCGAGGUUACAGACAGAAAGUAAAAGACAUUGUGCAGGGUGCUCUGUUUCCUGAGGUUGGUGUUGACAAAAGGACUGGUUCUGCUGGAGGAACUGGAGGGCAAGUUGUUGUCCGUGAUAUCGAUCUUUUCUCAUACUGUGAGUUGUGCUUGCUUCCAUUCAGCAUACAGUGCCAUGUUGGGUAUGUGCCCUCUGGUGGAAGGGUUGUUGGGUUAAGCAAGCUUUCGAGAGUAGCGGACGUCUUUGCCAAGAGGUUUCAAAGCCCUCAGAGAUUAGCUAAUGAAGUUUGUGGUGCAUUGCAUGCUAGCAUACAGCCUGCUGGUGUGGCUGUUACUCUGCAGUGCUGGCACAUACCAUUGCCAGAGAACCUGAAAUGCAAGAGUUCUCAGGGUUGGAUUAGAACUUCACAUUCAUCUCGUUCUGGAGUUUUUGAGGGUGAGGACAGCUCUUUUUGGAAUGACUUUGUGGCUCUUCUUAAGCUCAAAGGCAUAGACAUGGAGAUGGACAACCAUUCUUCAUUUCUACCUUGGUGCCCCUUAAGGCCUCAUGAGGUUCUGGUCUGCAAUGGGCACAGCAAGAGGACCACAACCAAUGGUGUAAUUUCACCAAAAUCUGUAUCCACUCCCUCUAAUAUGGUUUCUUCUGUUAGCACAAUGCUCCUGUCUCUUGGAGAGGACCCCCUCAGGAAAGAACUUCUAGGCAGUCCUCAGCGUUACGUGCAAUGGCUGAUGAGGUUCAGAGCAUGUAAUCUCGAUGUGAAGCUGAAUGGUUUUACACUCAACAGUGCAGGUGUAUAUGAGAGACCAGACGAAGAUGCUAGUGAUCAUCGAGCAAUCAGUUCUGAGCUGCAUUUGCCAUUUUGUGCCCAGUGCGAGCACCACCUCCUGCCAUUCUAUGGGGUAGUGCACAUUGGUUACUUUGGCAGUGGGGACGGUGAAGGUGAUCGCUCCCAUUUCCAUGCUCUGGUUCAGUUCUACGGAUGCAAGCUUCAAGUUCAAGAAAGGAUGACAAGACAGAUAGCUGAGGCGGUGUAUUCUGUUUCACAUCGUGGAGCCAUAGUUGUUGUAGAAGCCAAUCACAUUUGCAUGAUAUCAAGGGGAAUUGAGAAAAUCAGGAGUAGUACAGCAACUAUUGCAGUUUUGGGGGAUUUUUUGACCGACUCUUCUGUCAAGGCUUGCUUUCUACAAAAAGUUUUAGAUACUGUUGGUCUGGAAGCAUGAAUCACUUGGAUCAUAUACAAUAUAGAAUCUCAGCCAAAGGAUACAUGAAUCUAAUUCCUAGUCGUCGUUUCAGUCAUUUCAGCAAAGGAGCUUCAAGAAAUUAAAUAUGGUUUCAACCUAUCCAGCCGGUUGCCAAUUUACCAGCCAUUGCUGGUGGGGGUGGCUGGGAUUUUCGUCGCGUGGAAUGUUGUGUUUGUCGGAGAUGUCACCAGAGGCACCGAAACGUUUUUGGUUCUCCUGUGUUGUACCAUUUCAUUUGAACCGGGUCUCAAAAUUUAUAGCUAAUAUAGGUGGUGCGGCUGUGCCGAGCAAUACAAUAUGUUUUUGACUGGUUGUUGUACUCCCUCCGUUCCUAAAUACCUCCGUUCCUAAAUACUUGUUGUGGUAGUAGCAAUUUUGGUUUGAUCA